AAUGAGUUUGGAAAGAAAGCGAUAAACCCAGUUGCCAUGAAUCCAUGAUCCCCUUUCCUUCCUUCUUCCUCUAAUUUUCUUGUAUGCUAAGACUUCCUCGUCAUUGAUUAUUAUUCGCAUCCAACGCCGUCAGCAUAAUUUGUGUAUUCCCCUUUGAAAGUUGAAAGAAACAAAAACCCACAGAACCUGCGAUUUCAACACAAUUAGGUUUUCCCUUCAAUGGCCGCUAAUUCCCACAGAGUGGGUUCUUCCUACGGCGGCGCUGCCCCUUACCGAUCAAGAGAUGGGCUUAGCACCCGUCCCGUUGGUGCCUCGGAGGAGAUCCAAUUGCGAAUUGAUCCCCUGGACUUGGACGAUGAGAUCACCGGUCUUCAUCGCCAAGUUAGAAGGUUGAAACAUGUUGCUGAGGAGAUAGGAACAGAAGUGAAGUAUCAGAAAACUUUUCUUGAAGAACUGCAAAUGACAAUGAUAAAGGCUCAAGCUGGAGUGAAGAAUAACUUAAGAAGAUUGAACAAGAGCAUCGUCCAAAGUGGUUCAAACCAUAUUAUUCAUGUUAUUAUUUUUGCUUUAGUUUGUUUCUUUGUAGUAUACCUUUGGUCCAAGAUGUUCAGAAAGUGAUUCACAGCCCAGCAGCUUCUAGAUUGAAAGAACUCUACUAAAGGGCUUAAUCCGUCAAAUCACAUGAUAGCAGAUUUUGUUAUAAAGAAAUGGCUCCAUAAUCCUUUGGAGUUUUCUAUUAAAAUGUAUCUGACUUUUGAGAUAUGUUUAUUGGAUAUAUUGCGUAGUUAAAGUAGUAAUUCUAUUUGAAAAAUGAUGAAUGAUUUACGUGCUUAAGA